AUGAUUGAUGAUCAGGAAAGUACUAAUUCUAUUCUUGUCGUUGGAAAAGCAGGGAUUGGGAAAUCCCUGUUUUGCCAAAAGGUGAUUCGCGAUUGGGCCAACAACAAAUUACUUCAAGCUCUAGAGAGCACUGAAAUCCCCAAUUUAAAAUUUGUGUAUUUACUUACUUUCCGUCAAUUGAAUUUGCUUGAAAAUAACUGUGUGACUUUAAGAGAAAUCUUAAAUUGUUGUUCGACACUGGAUGACAAAUGUAACAUUUUCUCAACUGCUUAAGUUGAGUAUAUACUGCGAUGAUCUUCAUUUGCUUAAAAUGUAUUUUCCGCAGUACAAAUAUAUGACUUUCAUGUAUUCUUAUCACACCUUCUCCAUCUACGGGUAUAUAAAGAACUCACAAUUGACCAGCUCCCAGUUGGCUUGAUAGCUCAGUUGGUUAGAGCGCUGCACCGGUAUCGCAGAGGUCAUGGGUUCGAUUCCCGUUCAGGCCUGAAUUUUUUUCAGGCCUUAUUUCUCAACUGCUUAAGUUGAGUAUAUACUGCGAUGAUCUUCAUUUGCUUAAAAUGUAACAUUGAUGACUCUACAUUUGAGUACAUUGUAAAGCAUCCCAAGGAAGUUAUGAUCAUCCUCGACGGCUAUGAUGAGUAUUCACAGCAAGACUACAUCGCUGGAAACUUAGAAGAACAGCAUCCCAAUGACGCUAGACGUAAAAUGCCGGUGGCCGCAUUAUGUUCAAAACUCAUCAAAGGAAAAAUCUUGAAAGAGGCUAUCGUCAUAAUUACCUCGCGACCUGAUGAAUCAAACAAGACGGGAGGAAGCCGUUUUAAACGAUGCGUGGAAAUUGCGGGAUUUUCAUCAGAACAAGUGAAAGAGUACAUUGAGAAAUACUUCAAAAACAAAAAAAAAUAUGAAGAACGCUGUACUUAA